AUGGAACUAAUUGAUAUCGAGAUUUCUCCCGGAAGAGAUGUUGUAGAGAGUCUCAUUAAUUUGGCUCAAUCUCAACAAGCUGGAAUCACCGUGUUGAGUGGUUCUGGUCUUGUAUCCGAUGUUACCAUUCUCCUUCCAGAAGCACGUGUCAUCGAUUUUCCUCUUGAAGGACAGUUUAAUAUGAUAUCUCUUAAGGGAACUUACUUAAAUCCUAAUAUUGAUCAGCCUUCUCCCUCAUUGAUGCGUAUUGCCUCAUCAAAUGCAAAUUUUUCCAUUUUUGUCUCUAGCGGCAACCAAGGACAAGUUUUUGGUGGAAAAGUUAAAGGAAAGAUUAUGGCCGCAAGCGCUGUUAAGAUUACUGCAGCUCUUUGUAGUGUAUGGAUAAAAUAG